UUCAGGGAUUCACUGAGCCUCAGAAGGAGGAAUAUUUCAGGAAGAGAAUCAGUGACCAGCAUCAAGCCAGCAGAAUCAUCUCACACAUCAGAAGAGCAAGAAGCCUCCACAUCAUGUGCCACAUCCCGUCUUCUGCUGGAUCUCAUCCACUGUGCUUCAGAAGCUCCUGGAAGAAGAUCUGAGUGCAGAAAUCCUCAAACUCUGACUGAAAUGUACAUCCACUUCCUGCUGAUUCAGAUCAACAUGAGGAACCAGAAGUAUGAAGAGAGAGAUCCAGAGAAACUCCUGCAGUCCAACAGAGAAGUGAUUGUGAAACUUGCUGAAGUGGCUUUCAAACAGCUGAUGAAGGGCAAUGUGAUGUUCUAUGAGGAGGACCUGAUUGAGAGCGGCGUAGACGUCACUGACGCCUCAGUGUAUUCUGGGAUUUGCACUGAGAUCUUUAAGCAGGAAUCUGUGAUUCAUCAGAGGACAGUCUACAGCUUCAUUCAUCUGAGCGUUCAGGAGUUUCUCGCUGCUUUCUAUCUGCUUUACUGCUAUUUAACGAAGAACAAUGAACCACUGCGUGAUUUAAGAAUUUACAAAGACCCUCUGUUUGGACAGUUUCCAGGUGCAAUAACAAAUAAACAUGACUAUAAAUAUAGAUAUGAUAACCAUGUGUCUGAUACUUUGCAUGAUCUACUAACAUCAGCAGUAGAUAUAGCCCUUGAGAGUGAGAAUGGACGUCUGGAUCUGUUCCUGCGGUUCCUGCUGGGCGUCUCACUGGAGUCCAAUCAGAGACUCUUACAGGAUCUACUGACACACACAGAGAACAGCUCAGAGACCAUCAGCAGAACCACACUGUACAUUAAACAGAUGAUCAAGGGUAGUCAUCCUCUCUCAGCUGGUCAAUCCAUCAAUCUGUUCCUCUGUCUGCUGGAAGUGAAAGAUCAGACUCUGUCCAGAGAGAUUCAGGAGUUUGUGAAAUCAGACAAACACUCAGAGAAACUCUCUCCUGCUCACUGCUCUACAAUCACCUACAUGCUUCAGAUGUCAGAGGAGCCGCUGGAUGAGUUUGAGCUCAAGAAAUACAACACAUCAGAUGAGGGCAGAAGAAGACUGAUACCAGCUGUGAUCAACUGCAGAAAAGCUCUAUUUUCUGGCUGUGAUCUCUCAGAUCAGCAUUGUGAAAUUGUGUCUUCAGCUCUUCAAUCCUCAAACUGUGUCCUGAGAGAGCUGGAUCUGAGUAACAAUCACCUGCAGGACUCUGGUGUAAAGUUUAUUUCUGAUGGACUGAAGAAUACAAACUGUCAGCUGCAGAUACUGAGUCUUGCUGUCUGUAAUCUCAAUGAUCAGUGUUGUGAGAGUUUGUCUUCAGCUCUUCAGUCCUCAAACUGUGUCCUGAGAGAGCUGGAUCUGAGUAACAAUGACCUGCAGGACUCUGGUGUAAAAAUUAUUUCUGAUGGACUGAAGAGUACAAACUGUCAGCUGCAGAUACUGAGGUUGUCUGGCUGUAUGGUGUCAGAGGAAGGCUGUGCUUAUUUGUCUUCAGCUCUGAGUUCAAACCCCUCACACCUGAGAGAGCUGGAUCUGAGCUACAAUCACCCAGGAGAUUCAGAAGUCCAGCUGCUCAAACACAAACUGAAGGAUCCAAGCUAUAAACUGCAGAUACUCAAUGUGGAUCAUGGAGGAGAGAUCAUGAUGACAGCAGGACUGCGAAAGUAUGCCUGUGAUCUCACACUGGAUCCAAACACAGCACACACUCGACUCAUUCUGUCUGAUGAGAACAAGAAGAUCACACGAGUGAAAGAUCAUCAGCUGUAUCCUGAUCAUCCAGAGAGAUUUGAUGAGCAUGAGCAGGUUCUGUGUGUUGAGAGUCUGACUGGACGCUGUUACUGGGAGACUGAAUGGAGCGGAGAUUAUGCUGAUAUAUCAGUGUCAUAUAAAGGAAUCAACAGGAAAGGAGGGAGAGAAGACUGUGAGUUUGGAUUCAAUGACAAAUCCUGGAGUCUGAUCUACUCUGAUAACAGAUUCACUGUCUGGCACAAUAAUAACAGAACUGAUAUACCUGCUGACCGUUCAUCCUCUAAUAGAGCAGGAGUGUAUGUGAUGAAUAUGCGUGUAUGUAAUAGAGUAGGAGUGUAUGUGGACGUGUCGACCGGCUCUCUGUCCUUCUACAGCGUCUCUGACACACACACACUAACACGCUUACACACACUCAACACCACAUUCACUGAACCCCUCUGUGCUGGAUUCAGGGUUGGUUAUUCUGGUUCUUCGGUGUCUCUGUGUGAUAUUAAACUAUAGAGAGACUCUCUGUAAAUCUUUCUGAUGUUCACAUGCACACAAACUCAUCAAAUCUCACAUCAUUACAUUUGUAUUCAUUCAUAAUUAAAUAGUUUUUCAUUAUUAAUCUAGAAGUUAUAAAUCUAGAUCAGAC